AUGAGAGGAUCUAAACGAUCUUGGUUCAAAGUGUAUCGCAUAAACAGUUAUCGCCAACACACUCUCCACCUGGAUAACCAAUAUCAACACAAUAGAAGUAACAAUCAGAGCUUUCCCAAUUCCAAAUGCAAAUGCCAUAUGGUGGAUCUGAUUCCAAAAGAAUUAACGACAAAAGAAAAAUUUGAGAAAAAUCUUCUCACCUGGUGUCAUUUGACAUUUGACAUGGACGCUCAAAGCUAUUUCAAAAAUGAUUGUUAA